AUGGCAUCAACUCUUGAACAAGUGCCGCCUACUCAAGAGGUCGGCCAUGAUGCACCACCCGCCAAAAGAAUAUGGUAUCGAACCACACUGUUCAACGCCUUUGUCAUCGGUGGUGUUGGUUUCUUGGCUCCAGGCUUAUGGAAUGCCAUGAACGCACUAGGCGCGGGCGGCGGCCAGGAGCCGUUCCUGGUCAACGCCGCCAACGCCCUGGUGUUUGCGCUGAUGGGCUUCCUGUCCGUCUUUGGCGGGCCCAUUGCCAACCGCAUCGGCUUUGCCUGGACGCUCUUCCUAGGCGCCAUCGGCUACCCCGUCUACUCGGCCGGCCUCUACACCAACAACCGCUACGGCAACAUCUGGCUGGUGCUCGUCGGCGCGGCGCUCUGCGGCAUCUCGGCCGGCCUCUUCUGGGCGGCCGAGGGCGCCGUGGCGCUGGGAUACCCGGAGGCGUCCAAGCGUGGCCGCUACCUGAACAUUUGGCUGUGGUUCCGCACCGGCGGCCCCCUGGUCGGCGGGCUCAUCGUCCUGAUCCUCAACAACAACGCGGGCGCCAAGCACAAGGGAAGCGUCAACCCAAACACAUAUCUCAUCUUCAUCGCGCUGCAGUGCGUCGCGGCGCCGAUUGCCCUGCUUCUGACGAAGCCUGAAAAGGUGCAGCGGGGUGACGGCACAAAGGUCAUUGUCGAUGCAGAAAAGAGCUUCAAGUAUGAGUUUCUGUCUCUUUGGAAGCUCUGUAAGCGUAGGGAUAUCCUGCUCCUGCUCCCCAUCUUCUGGGCGGCAUACUUUAAUCAGUACUCUGGGAAUUUCCAGACUUACUAUUUUGGUGUGCGGGCGCGUGCCUUGAUUGGUUUCGUCAGCAACUUUAGCACGCUGCUCUCGUCGCAGGUGAUGAGCAUGUUCCUCGACUGGACGCGAUUCCCGGUGAAGCGCCGCCUGGAACUUUCAUUUUGGUACAUUGUCGCCUGCCAUGUGCUUGCUUGGGUUUACGCCUGGGUCAUCCAGGAGAAGUAUACCGCCAACCCUCCGGCGCUGGACUGGGCAGACUCUGGAUUCGCCGAAGGCUUCUUCGUUCUCGUGUUUUGGGAAUGGUCGCGUCAGUCUUUGCAGACCUGGAUGUACUACUUCAUUGCCACAAAGAGUGACAGCAUCUCGGAGCUCAGCCGUCUCUCUGGCAUUCUUCGGGGACAAGAAUCUUUCGCACAGGCCGUCAGCUUUGGUCUAAAUACAAGAAAAUGGACCGGCGGCAGGGUGCCGCUGGCCGUAAACACCAUUCUGCUGGGUAUCGCGUCCGUGCCAACGUACAUUGCACUCAGAGAAAAUGUCCCGCUUGUGAAGAAGGACGAAUCUGGCGACUCGAGUGAUGAGGCAGUGAUUCUCCAGACUGUCGCGGUUAAUGAAAAAUCGCAGAGCCCCGUUUAG